GAGCUUUUCCACACUCAGUGGUCCAUAGAUUCGCAGGAAACUCAUUUGGAUUCGGAGUUUAAAAUUAUGCCACGGUAUUCCAGGGCAGAAGUGGAGACGGAUCAGCCGAAGGAAACGUGUCUGGGCUUCAUUUUGUCCGGAUUGGUUGCAUCUGUCAUUUCGUGCAGGAGUGCGUUUUUACACACAGGUCCAUGAGAGGAGCGCGAGCAGGGCGCAGAAAAGAUGGCAAGAGGUGGUGGAAUCAGCAGGAUCCCAUUGCAACAUCUGCCCAGUGUCACCUGACCUGCUGGAAGGUGAUUUUCCUAAUGAGUGUGUGUCUGCUGGAGAUUGUGGAUGGGCAAAGACUUGAAGAGAAGAGGGAAGAAUCACACUCCACCACACUGAUGGCCCAAAAAGAGCAGAGACGACCUCCAUGGGCUGUACUUUCCGAUCCAUCCUUGGCAGAGGAAGGAGAGGAAUACAGGGCCAGAUGGCACCGGUCUCUAGCAGACGUUUCUGCCGCUUAUCAAAAAUCCCGCAAAGAACGCAAGAACAGAAAGCGGCAGCGAGAAAAUCUGAACCAGGACUGUCACCUAGAGAAGAAACAGAUGCGUGUGCGUGACCUUGGCUUAGGCUAUGAUUCCGACGAAAUUGUGCUCUUUAAGUACUGUGUGGGGACGUGCAUGAGUUCUCGGAGGAACUAUGACAUGGCGCUUAAAAUUCUGACUGAGAACGGCAGCAUCUUGGGCCGGGAUGUGAGCACUCAUCCGUGCUGCAGGCCUACACGGUUUGAGGCAGUGUCUUUCAUGGACACCCGAACAAACUGGCAAACCAUCCGGUGGCUCUCAGCAGCCAACUGCAGCUGUGUGGGGUGAGAGGAGGAGAGAGAGCAGCUUGGUAAAAAUGAGUACGUAGUCAAACUCUCCGGGAUGGAUGAAGAUGAGGAUUUGUCAAAGUUGUAUCUCUUCUGGCACCUUAGAUGGAAGACUUCAACUGGUUGUUCAUUAAGGGAGCAGAACGACAGAUGCAGAUGUUGCAGCUGUUGUGCCAUGAAUGGGGUGGAAGCGAUUGUGCUUUCCUGUCAGAGAGAGUGGAGAGGAUGCUCAUCUGAUGCUGUAGAGAAUACGAACUGAUGCAUAUGAGAAGGGAACUGAGGAUGCAUUAUGAAAAGCAUCAUAUAUCAAUAAGAGAUGAAAACUGUUAACAGUACUGUACAGAAUUCUUCUUGGACAAUCUUGCCACUGUAGGAGCCAAGAACUUAGUAGCCAAACCUUGAAGGAGGGUCUAUUCUAUGGAAGGGCAGAACUGAUAUGACACCAGACACACACACACAUACAUUAUAUUACAUGUCACCUUCCCUUCAUAAAGUAACAGCCUCUGUCAUUAAGUUAUCAAACAGCCACCUGGGCGAUUGUAGUACUCAUCAGACAUGUGCCGAUUUUAAAUAUGCAUCAUGGUAUUAAAUAUUUAUCGUGAUAAUUGCCUAACCUUUUUAUCCUGGAACAUUACAGUGUACUGUACUACAUGUUGAUCCAACAAGAACACAUCAUAUUUUGUCCAAAAUCAGGAACCUUGCAAGACAGUCCUACCAUGCCAGCGUAUGCAACACAAUGUAUGCUAAAGCAUGUUAUAUAACCGUGUGGUUUACACUUUGAAAAUGUACAGAGUCCAGCUUCUUGCACUCUCUAGAAGACACAUGCAGCCUCUCCUUCACCUCGGCCCAGGAUGCACAUCAGCAUAGGCUCACGUAUUGCUACAUUAGCAACUCUUUUACAGUAGGGAGCAUUUUUUUAAAAAUGAUUUUUAAAAGGUCAGUCCUGAUUCUGGUGGAUUGAUGACAUUUAUCUUGUUGAAGCACCAGUAACAUACUUAUUUCCUUACCUUAUUACCUCAUUGGCUUUUCUGUAUUGUUGAUUUUAUUUGAUCGCAGUUCUCUUGUUAUUAUAACAGUUUGGAAACUAAUUAUGAUAUGCAUUGUGUUUUUAUGUCUUGUUUAUACAAAGGUUUGAGGACUAUGACUUUCAGGUUCAGGUAAAUCAUUCAAUGGGCAUUAUAUACAGAAUCUGAGUCUUACAUUUAGCUGAAGAUUAGAUGUUGAUAAAAGAAAGCAUUACAUGACUUGCCUAGUUUGCAUGUCUAUAAGCAGCAGUUCCCUCAGAGAACUUCAGACAGGACUUUUAUCAUGCCGAUGUGGAUAUAAAAUUCAUGAUUGGGUGAGUUUUUGUUCUUUUGACCUUUAGAUACUGCAUUUCAAAUCUGCAUUUUACAUCUGCAUUUUAAAUCUAACAAAGCAAUUUUUAGAGCAUGUUGAUAUUAGAGGAAGCAGCGUGCCACAACUGAUAAAAAAAAAAAAAACUCGCUGAAA